AUGUCGGUGAAAUUGAAACUGCUGGUGAAAAACGCUCAGCAGGUGCUGGUGAUUUGCAACAAUGGAGAGAAAUACCUGACAAAAGGCGACAGCGACAUCGACCUUCACGUCAUCCACAACGGAAGUGUGGCCAUCGGCAGCGACGGCCUAAUUGAGGCGGCGGGUCCAGCCGAUGUCAUGGAGCGUCGCUAUUCCCAAGCGUCCUUCGAUCGCGUGAUCGACGCCGCGGGAAUGUGCGUGCUGCCCGGCUUGGUGGACGCGCACACUCACCCCAUUUGGGCCGGCGACCGCGUGCACGAGUUCGCGAUGAAGCUGGCGGGCGCCACCUACAUGGACGUGCACCGCGCGGGCGGCGGCAUCCACUUCACGGUGGAGCGCACGCGGGCCGCCUCGGCGCGCGAGCUCCUGGCGUCGCUGAGCGGGCGGCUGGAGCGCGCGCGCCGGGCCGGCACCACCCUGGUGGAGGUCAAGAGCGGCUACGGCCUGGAGCUGGCGGCCGAGCUGAAGAUGCUGGAGGUGGUGGAGGAAGCCCGCCGCACUCUGCCCAUCAACAUCUCCUCCACCUACUGCGGCGCCCACGCCGUGCCCAAAGGGAAGAGCGUGGAAGAAGCCACCCGCGACAUCCUGCAGGUUCAACUUCCGGCGCUGAAGGAGCGCAUGGCGGCCGGGACGCUGCGGGUGGACAACAUCGACGUCUUCUGCGAGGAGGGCGUCUUCGACGUGCCGUCCACGCGCGCCAUCCUGCUGGCGGGCAAGAGCAUGGGCCUCAACGCCAACUUCCACGGGGACGAGCUCAGUCCCACGAACGCCGCCGAGCUGGGGGCCGAGCUGGGGGCGCUGGCCGUCAGCCACCUGGAGGAAGCGUCGGAUCGGGGCAUCGCCGCCAUGGCGCGGGCAGAGACGGCGGCCGUCCUGCUGCCUACCACGGCUUACGUUCUCCGGCUUCGCCAACCGCGGGCGCGAGCCAUGCUGGACGCGGGCGUCAUCGUGGCGCUGGGCAGCGACUUCAACCCCAACGCGUACUGCUGCUCCAUGCCCAUCGUCAUGCACCUGGCGUGCGUCAACAUGAGGAUGUCCAUGCCCGAGGCCUUGGCGGCGGCCACCAUCAACGCCGCCUACGCCCUCGGACGCUCGCACACGCACGGCUCGCUGGAGGCGGGCAAACACGGCGACCUGCUGCUCAUCGACGCCCCGCGGUGGGAGCACCUCAUCUAUCAGCUGGGCGGACAUCAGGAGCUCAUCCGCUACGUCGUCGUCAAGGGCGACGUCGUCUACGACAACCGCCGCACGCUGCCCUUGUGA